AGAGCCUCCUCCAGGGCUAGGAAGAUGCUACAGUGCCUGACUUCGGAAAGUGAGGAAGGGGGCGAAGAGAGGGAGGAAAGUAGUAGUUCUACAGAAGAUCUAGAAGAGCUGAAAGAACUCGUCACCCUGGCUUUUGUGAGAGAGAACACACAAAAGAGGCUUCAGAAUGCCCAGCAGCAUGGCAAGAAGAAGAGGAAGAGAAAAAGAUGAUUGGUGAUCAAUCUAUCCAACUGCCGGUAUGACAGUGUGCGCAGGGCUGCCCAGCAGUAUGGCCUUCGAGAGGCCGGUGACAGUGAGGACUGGACUCUCUACUGGACCGACUACUCGGUGUCGCUCGAGCGCGUGAUGGAAAUGAAGAGUUACCAGAAAAUCAAUCAUUUUCCUGGCAUGAGUGAGAUCUGUCGCAAGGACUUGCUGGCCCGGAAUAUGAGUCGUAUGCUAAAGCUAUUUCCUAAGGACUUCCACUUCUUCCCUAGGACCUGGUGUCUUCCUGCUGACUGGGGAGAUUUACAGACUUACAGCAGGUCAAGAAAAAAUAAGACAUACAUUUGCAAACCGGACUCGGGCUGCCAAGGGAGAGGCAUAUUCAUCACCCGGACGGUGAAAGAGAUCAAGCCCGGGGAGGAUAUGAUCUGUCAGCUUUAUAUUUCAAAGCCCUUCAUCAUCGACGGGUUCAAGUUUGACUUGCGGGUCUACGUGCUGGUGACCUCCUGUGACCCUCUCAGGGUUUUUGUGUACAAUGAAGGACUGGCUCGCUUUGCCACCACCUCUUACUCUCACCCCAGCACAGACAACGUGGAUGAGAUUUGCAUGCACCUGACGAACUAUUCCAUCAACAAGCACAGUUCCAACUUCGUUCAAGACGCUCAUUCUGGCAGCAAGAGGAAACUCUCCACCUUCAACUUGUACAUGAAGACCCACGGAUAUGACGUCGAGCAGAUGUGGAGGGACAUUGAGGAUGUCAUCAUCAAAACACUCAUCUCGGCUUACCCCGUCAUCAAGCACAACUACCACACCUGCUUCCCUAGCCACACGCUCAACAGCGCCUGCUUCGAAAUCCUGGGCUUCGACAUCUUGUUGGACCGCAAACUCAAACCCUGGCUGCUGGAGGUCAACCAUUCUCCAAGCUUCUCCACUGACUCCAAGCUGGAUAAAGAGGUGAAAGACAGUCUCCUCUAUGACGCAUUGGUCCUCAUCAACCUGGGGAACUGUGACAAAAAGAAAGUCUUGGAGGAAGAGAGACAGCGGGGACGGUUCCUGCAGCAGUGCCCGUCUCGGGAGAUCAGGAUGGAAGAGGUCAAGGGUUUCCAGGCAGUGCGGUUACAGAAAACCGAGGAAUACGAAAAGAAAAACUGUGGCGGGUUCCGGCUCAUCUACCCGGGUGUGAAUUUGGAGAAGUAUGAGAAGUUCUUCCAGGACAAUAGCUCCCUCUUCCAGAAUACUGUUGCUUCCCGAGCCCGAGAGCUGUAUGCCCGGCAACUGAUCCAGGAGCUGAGGCAGAAACAGGAAAAAAAAUCAUUCCUAAAGAAAGAAAAGAAGACAGAGAUGCCGGGCGAGUCUGUGGGUGAGCAGGCAAGAGACAGGAUCCUGAAAACUGGGCAACAGAGACAGCAGCAGAAGUGCAAGACAGCCAUCCAUCCCCCCAAACAAAGCUACCACCCAGUGGCUUUAGUAUCCUGCACACCUGGCCUGUUCUUGAACAUCAGAGGCAUAAGGAAAACUGAAACUGCCGGUAGCCUCCACCAGGACUCCAAGGAGGCCACCCUCGCUCCCUGCAAGCCCAUGUCUGCAAGGCACUACAGUUCUGUCCCUGACCUGAGGAGUUCAAAUCCCACCAGCUCUGGGACAGAGCUCCGGAAAUGCAAUUCCACAAUCAAGGAAGUGAAGUCGGCCGAUUCAGUGAAUGUAGUCAGCAAUGGCCUGCCCUUAACACCUGUAGAAACUUCCCCAGAACCCACAGCCCAGCUCUCAACCUCUCUGGAAUCCCUGGCCAGCCUGAGCCUGACCUCCAGCCCUGAGUGCAGCAGUUCGGAGAGUGUCCAAACGGUCUCCUGGAAGGGCAAGCAGCGGAGGGCCCCCCAGAAGCUGGUCCAGGAGAAAAAAUCCAAACCUCCCGUGUCUUCCAAACCCAGGAGUUUGGACGUGAGUUUGACCCUGAUCAAGAACGAAGUGAGGCGGCAGCACCUGAUGUCGGAGAUUCUGCAGAAGGUUCAGAUGAAGAAGAGGCGCUCCUUGUUCCCGGCCCCCAAGUCACAAAACCUGUCCUUGCCCAAGGAGUGGUGCUCCCACAGCCACAGCUCUGGCAGGAAGAGAGAGAUGGAUGUGCCCUCCGUCCUCCUCCUGCAGGGUUCUCACAGCCAUGCCAAAUCUCUGAAUGACCUUCUGGUAGUUGCCACUCAGGCCCGGCUGGACCCUCGGCCUAGCAGAAGCCAUUCAGGUACUACAAGGGACCCAGGUACGACAAGGGACCCAGGUACUACAAGGGACCCGUGCACACAGGACCCGCAGCACACUGCCACUGCCUGACUCUGGUCAGAAAGGAUGUGAGAGAGAGCUCAGAAUCAGAGUGAGUCUUUGCUGUUUUUCCUUUCCUACCUCUUACUCCAGGAAAUGGUUUGUCUCCAGCCAGUAUCUUCAGAAUGGACUGGAAGAUUCAUUCCCUCAUCUAGAAAUUCUGGUCUGAUAAAUAGGUCUCAUUGGCACCUUUGAGGACAGUGGCCUUUCAUGCUGUCCCUUAGUUCACAGUGCUGCCUAUGGGACCAGGACUUCUAGGGAUCGAGUGCUGCUCCCCUAGAAAGGUUGCCUCAGCUGUGGAGCGCCUCUGGGUCCCUCACAUGAUGGCCAUCGUCAUCCAGAACAUUCCCCCAGGCUAAGCAGCUCGAGGGAGGAGUGAGGGGAGGACUCCCGGUCUCCUGGAGUCCGGAGCCCUCAUUCUACCCGCUGGCCUGUGUUAGUCUGCCCUCCCCUCUAAAGAAAAGAAGGCAGAGCUAGGACCGAGUGUGGUGGAAUUCUGAGUCUUGAUGGAAAGAAUCAGGACAGUUGCAAAUUCACCAGCAAAAGCGGUCAUCUCCUUCCAGCAGGCCCAAAGGCCUGCCACUUCGGGCCCCAGGCUGCCACUUGCUGCCACCUCCCCUUCAGUCUUGCUGGCAAAGAUGGUAGCGUGAGAGUACCUAGCCUGCAGGGGAUGCUUCCAUUGACCUGCAGAAAUUAUAUAUCUUCCCUCAUGUUUACAUUAAUAAAAUAAAUUGCCAUGCUCGAUACUAGGAAGGAGCCUGGUCCAGAAUGGGAGGCGGGAUGGUAGUUUCCCUGGACCGCUCACUGAUCUACUGAAAUAUGCCAGGAGCUUUGGAAGACUUUUUGGGAUGGAUGAUCCACGGGAAGCCCUGUCCUUUCGUUAGGAUCCAAGAGCCUGGAAUGACCUUGUCUGCCGCAGAA